AAUUUAUGGCAAACAGGCAAAAUGCUAUAAUAUUGAACACAAACGCAACACGGUGCAUCGUCGUUAACCGCGUUGCAGGUUGUUCUGUGUUAAAUUCUGUCCGUCAAAGAAUAGGCUGCCACUGGCCACCAUACAUAACUUACCAUAGACAACAGUUAGAAAUCAAUUAUUCCUAUUAAAUUCUGGUUCUGUAUUUGCUACAAAAAUUAUGUAUUCAAGCGAGUUAGUAUAUUUUUAUCAUUGUAUUUGUGCGUAUCAGAAUAAUAUAUUUGUCUAAACCGCAAAAUAUAGAUGACUCUUCGCUGGGGUAUCGUUACAGCAGGCAAAAUCUGCCAUGACUUCGUCAACGCGUUUAAUUCGUACCCCAACAAGGGGGACCAGGUCAUAGUCGCAGUGGCCGCUCGCGACAAGAGCAAAGCGACGGCAUUCGCCAAGACUCAUAGCAUCGCUAAAGUGUUUGAUAGCUAUCAGUCUAUGGCUGCCAGCAAAGACAUCGACGUUGUGUACAUCGGUGCUUUGAACCCCGACCACUAUGAGCUCGCUAAGCUAUACCUUGCAAACGGCAAACAUGUCCUGUGUGAAAAACCUCUAUGCCUUAAUUAUAAACAGACUGAGAGUCUGAUUAGGUUCGCGAAGAAGCAGAACUUAUUUUUGAUGGAAGCAGUCUGGUCUAGAUUCUCACCAGCGUACAUUGAGUUGGAAAAGGAAAUAAACGCCGGAAAAUUGGGAGAUAUUCAAUACGUCGAGGUCAAUUUCGGUGUCCCGAUCGCUGCCGUCGAUAGACUUCGGUUGAAGGGUUUAGGAGGAAGUGCGGUGCUGGACAUUGGCAUAUACACACUGCAGUUCGCUCAAUACAUUUUCAAAGAAGAACCCAUCAAGGUGACGGCGGUCGGAGAUCUGAACGAGGAGGGAGUCGAUUUGGUGGAUACCGUCAUCCUGGACUACAAGGGUGGUAGAAAAGCGGUACUUAUCAUCAAUACACAGAUGCGACUUUGGAACAAGGCAACUGUGUAUGGAAGCAAAGGAAGAGCGACGAUAGAAGACCCCUUCCAUUUCCCAGAAACAUUAAUCCACGUGGAUGGCACAGCUGAAAAGAUUCCCCUGCAUACUUCCAGCAUCCCGUACAACUUUGAGAAUAGCGCCGGUUUAGUUUUCGAAGCUAUGGAAGUUGCGAGAUGUAUAAAACAAGGUCUGAAGGAAUCGCCUAGAAUGUCGCACCAAGAGAGUCUUUUGCUGGCUAAAUUGGAAGACGAGAUUCGUAAACAGGUCGGCGUGCACUUCGAUGUCGACGACAAAGAGUAUCCUUGAGUUAAAACACUUACAGCCUUACAAAUAAACGCGGUAUUUAGUUAAACUUAGGAAUAAAAAAGAAAGUAUAAUUAAAAUUUGUACUAA